AUGACUGUGAUCAGUGAGCGACCUCCCUGUCUAUCUCAGUCCAUGAGCCGCUUCACUUUACUCUCUCUCCGGUCCUGGGGGGCGGGUCAGAGAGAGCGGCUGGGGGAGCCACCGGCGGCUGUCGAGGUCCGCUCACCGGUGGCCCCGGACACAGCCCCGGCGCCGCAGUCCUCCGAGCCUCCAGGGGACGCGCUAUCUCCCGCCUCGCCCCGCCGGCUCUCGGGCCCGGCGGCGGAAGGAAGCGGCUCCCGCCAUCGCGCCCAUGGAGCCCGGCGGCAUCUGCUUCGCAUUGUUGACUACUUCGAUGCUUCUCUCUCUGCCAACCCCUGUGUUUCUGCGCUGCUGCCGGCCCGCGGCCGCAAGGCCCCGCAGCGCCUCCGCGGGCAGAAGGAUUUCAUCCCCGACGGCUCGGCCGAGCAGGCGGAGAAGCUGCGCCAGUGCCGGGAGGAGCAGUGGCAGCUGCUCUCCGAGGAGCGCGUGGAGCGGCUGGGGAGUCUGGUGAAAGCUGAAUGGAAGCCAGGACAGGGCAUCGUAGAGCUGCAGUCCCCUGCGGGGAAGUUUUGGCACACCAUGGGGUUCACAGAGCGUGGCAAACAGUGCCUGCUGCCCGAGGAAGCUCUCUACCUGCUGGAGUGUGGCUCUGUUCAACUCUUUUACAGGGAUCUGCCCUUGUCAAUCCAGGAAGCCUACGAGAUCCUGCUGUCCCAGGAGGCAAUGAGCCUGCCCCAUUACCAGGUGUUCAGCCACUUGAAGCAACUGGGUUAUAUUGUACUGAGAUUCGACCCCAGCACUGUCCUGUCUCCCUACGAGAGGCAACUGAACCUGGAAAGUCACUGUCAGGGCUCUGGGAAACACCAUCGCAAAAGGAGGAGGAGUUCCAGUCCCCGGUCGCAUGAGAAGAAACCCAAGAUAUCAGAGGACCUUCCAGAAGCUGAAAGGACCUCUGAAAAAGCUGGAGGUGACUGUGGAGACUCCAGCUGCCUUCCCAUGGAUGAGAAUCCCUUGUCAGAGCAGCCAAAGGGAUCAGAUGCUGGCAGUGGAGAGGGGGAGCCAAACCCAGUUCCUCUUGAUACAGGACAAAAGGACUCCCUGAGCCCCUCCAGGAGCGGGGCUGGAGACCACAAGGAGAGCAGCACUGGCACCCAUGCACCUCGCUGGGAUUUUACCACCAUCAUGUUGCCAAACGUGGCCCCAGACCAGCCGUGCACACAUCUGCCCUUGCCUGACAACAGGCUCCUGCCGGAGAACGUGCCGGGGAGGGAGGUUGAUGCAGCUUGCUGGUGUGCACGCAUCAAUCAGAAACAGGAGAAGCUGUCACGGAAGGAAAGGGAGCAGCGAGAGAGGGAAAGCAGGUACAAGAGCAGCGUUAAUGCGGACCAGGAGGUGAGGCACUGCUCCAACUGGCAGGAGUACAAAGCCCUUUUGGAGCAGAGGAGCCAGCAGAGGGUUUGGAGACGACUGCCGCAUCUCUGGGACCAAGCUGUCACCCCACUUCUGCGGCCAGAUGAAGCUACCUCAUCAGCUGCGCUCCUCCAGCAGAUCAGCGUGCUGCAGCCCUCCCACAUCCUGGACGGAGCCUCCCGGCUGCAGGAGGACCCAGAGGGCAUGAAGAUAGACUUCAACGUGUAUCAAGCAGAUGCCGUGGCCAAGUUUAAGAAGACAAACCCUGGGAAGCCGUAUGUCAGGAUGUGUGUUAGGAGCUUUGAUGAGCAGAUUCCAUCCCUGCGGGCUUUGAAGCAGGUUACAUAUCAGAGCGGGGACGUCCCGGUGGUCUUUGCGCUGGUGGAUCAUGGAGAAAUUGCCUUUUAUUCGCUGAAGGAGUUCAAGCUGCCAGUUGAUGUUAACCACUGAAGUUGCUGUUGCUUGCAGAAAUGGUAUGGGAUGAAGGGGAGAGCUUUACUCAGGAUUUGAUUUCCUAAUUGAUGAUAUAUUACAGAAAAUAGAGCCUGUGAUAACUGGAACCCUUGGGUAGUUGACCAGUUUAUUCACUGUUAGAGACUUCACCCAACCAGAUGGCUCAGGCAUAAUAGCAAAAUGUACAGCAAACAAGCGUGUAUGGCUUAGCUGGGCAUUUUGGGGCAUUUUUGGACUGUAAUAUGCCCUGCUUUGUUCUUGAAGCCACUGGUUCUUCAGCUUCCUCAUCUCAUGGACCAGUAGUCUGCCUUUUCCAUGUCAUCUUUGACUUGUGGACUGUUAGAAAACACUUUGCUGGUGAUCAUCACAUUUAACAUGUUCAUUAAGAUGUUAAAUCACCACUGUGCUACACCAGUCCAAUGGUUGGGACAGUCACUGAGGUCAAUCAGGGGCAGAAUAAGCUGAUCAGAUCAGUGGUGUCCUGAGUGGUGGUGUCAUUCACCUAUGCCAGCAAUGGUCAGAUCAGGUUCUGAUCUGAAAAAGGGACAGCCAUAAAACUCAGCAACCUGGAGUAAAGUUUCCAGGUACUUGAGAGCAGGAAGCUGUGCCUUGAAUGCUAUUUCAUGAGCUGGAGGUCACAGAAGGCCCCAGAGCACUGCGGAUGGCACCCCAUUCGCUGUGGGCGCGGCUGUGCUGAGAUGUGUUCUGGCCACACAGAUGCCAUGUUAAAGUUUGGGUGCCAGUACCACCACACUGUACCUGGUGGUCUCACAGGGCUGUGCUGCGGCCCCCUCUGUGUCAGCCUGACGUCCUCUUUCCUGGCUGUGGAUCCUUGUCUUUUGCAAGUGAGAUCCCCGAGUAAAGAAAGAAGCUACAAAUUCCUCACGAGCCUUCUAGUCCUGUGGCUGUUGUGCUCUGAGGACAUUGCUGCUUUCAAGGCUCUGCUUUGGGCACUUUCCACCAGGAUAUCCAGGUACCAAAUUUGUUUUAGCCUCUAUGCAAAAGCACCAGAGAGUCUGCCGAGAGGAUGGAAGCGUGCUGAGCAUGGCUGUGCUCGGUAUCAAGAUUUUCAGAACUGUUAAUAGCAACCGGUUUAGAUGCAUUUUUUUUGAUAAUUUUUAAAUUUCUUUUGGAGACGGGGAGAAGGCUAAGCAAUAAAAAAGCCUUUUCCAACAA